AGUUAGAAGAUGCUCAAGGAAAUAGACAUUCCGUAGCAUUUAGGCAGGGCUGGGAGCGCGUGUUUGAUUCUAGCACGCAUACAACAUAAACGAAUUUCAGUGGGAAUCCGUAUAUGUUUUUCUUUCUUUGUUUCUGAUUUCUCUCUCAUCAAUUCGUGAAAUCUGCCUCCGAUUUUUACAAUACAAUCACCAAUUUCCUUCCUCUGAUCAAUCUAGGGUUUUUGCUUUGCUGAAUCUUGAUUCAAUUUAAUUCUAUCAAUCUUCGAUGUUCAGAUUCUGGGGAUCUCAAGACCAGGGAUCACAAUCACGUCCACAAGAGGUCCCUACACAGUCUUGGUAUCCUCCAUCUGUCGUCGAGUCUCCAAGUUCUUCUCGACCCUCAACACCUGGUAGAAAUUCUUCUAGCAGUUACAGUCUACUGAAGCCAUUUGAAAGGCCAGAAACUGGUUCGCAUGUUUCACCUGCUGAAGCUGCUGGAAUUAUUUCCACACUUAGGGACAAGAGUGUUGAUGAGUUACGGAAGCUUUUGAACGACAAGGAGGCCUACAAUCAAUUCUUGCUUUCUCUUGAUCAAGUAAAGACUCAAAACAAUGUAAGAGAUGAAUUGCAAAAAGCAACUCUGCAGCUUGCAAGAGAGAAUUUGGAGAAGGAACCACAGAUAGUGGAACUGAGAAAUCAGUGCAUGAUCAUCCGCACAAGUGAGUUAGCUGAUGCGCUGGAGAAGUUGAACGACCUGGAGAGGCAAAAAGAGGCUAUUAUGAAGUCCUAUUCUACAGCAUCACUUCUGCACCGAUUGAAAGAGGCAGUGAACAAAGCAGAUGAGGAAUCCGAGGCCCUUCAUAGCCAGUUUCUUACUAGGGAGAUUGAGCUGGGGGCAUUUGUCCAGAAAUACAAGAAACUACGUUCCCUGUAUCACCGUCGAGCACUUACUCAUCUGGCAGCCUCCACAUCUUCGGUUGGAUGACUUUACUUUGUCGUCAGCGUUAUAGGCAAAUUGAUGUACUUUGAUAUUUCCCUGUGUGUUAUCUAGUUAGCUAGUAUCGAUGUUGGGGGUGUGGUGCUGUUAGAAGCUGUAAUUUGGAUUGAGUAGGGAGGAUAGAGGCCCCGUCAAAAAAAGAUUUGUUUGCUUAUUGUUGCAUUUUAACGUAUUGUUGUGCUUGAUAAUAUAUGUAAAUAAAUUUAUUUUAUUUUGAA